AUGGGCAAUAACAAUAACAACAAGGAAACCCCUACCAACUCAGCCGAUGCAAAAGCCCCAGUAAUCCAUACCAAGCUCCCCAAAAUCCGCGAUCGUCGUCCCUCCAAACAAUCAUCCUCCUCUUCCUCCACCUCUAUCUCUACCUCCACCUCCACCUCUACCUCCACCUCCACCUCUACUUCCAAAAAACCCCUUUCCCUCCGACAACCAAGCACCCAAGACGUGCGAAAAGGGUUGUAA